AUGCCUUCACGCGACAGAGGACGAGCUCGAGCUCGAGCAUCGGAUGAAGAGUUCGUUCUAUUUCUCCAGGGUAUCCCAGCCCACUGCCGCUGGCAAGAGCUCAAGGACAUGGUCCGCCAGACGGCCUUGCAUAUCCGACAGGCAGUCGUAUACGACGACCAGCACGGAUUUCCCACUGGUUUGGGGCAAAUUAUUGUGAAGAAUGAAGACGAAGCAUGGCGUACAUACCAUAGACUCUCCACCAACGGAUGGGAUGGACAGAGUCUCGUCGUCACUCUGGCUCGAACGAGCUCACCUACAAGGCCUGUUGCCGGUCCCACAAAGAGCCCUAGCUGUGUGAUUCCCCCGUCAUACGUUGCAGGCUAUUCGACUCCCCCUCGAGUCGCGCAGAACUUGGCCAUUCCUCCUUCACCCAUCUCCCCAGACACCCCUCUUGUCUCAAUGGCUCCAGCCCCGGCCCCAGCUUACCAGGGCCAGGGCCCAGAGUAUGCACAGGUCAUCAACCCGAUGGCCAUGCCCCCUCCUCCUCCUCCUCCUGCCUAUCUCCAGCCCUUUGUCCCCGUCUUCACCGACCAACUACCGAGUAUCCCACACUCGCCAUCCCUGAGCCACUCCUUCUGCGACAAUCUCGCCUUCGCCAUGAUCCCCACAUACCCUAUUCCCCCGCUACACCCUCACCCCGAACAUCCUUUCAUCAACAGCAACACCACCACCACCAACAACAACAACAACAACAACAACACCACCCCCCGACCAAGAACCACCUUCUACCCGCGCAAACCUCCAAGCAGCGAACAGACCCACCCCCAAACCAACCCCCGCUUCACCCCCCGCCGCACCAUCUUCAUCCAGAACCUCAGCCCGACAACCACCCCCCACGACCUGACCCUCUUCCUCCAAGACGCAGGCACCAUCGAGCAGUGCGAGAUGCCCCUGAACCCAGACACAGGCCGCUGCAAGGGCUUCGCGCGCGUCACCCUCCGCUCCGCCGACGAGGCCAAGCGCGCCAUCGCCCUGUACAACACGGCAUUUUUUCUUGGCGCGAAGAUCAGGGUGAAGAUUGAUCGGAGUGGGUAUUUUUCUUCGGGCCAGGGUUAUGCUGAGCGGGAAGGGUACUAUCUCGCGAAUAGACUUAAUCCCCCUGAGAAGACGACGGAUCAGGUUGAUAUGACCCCUACGCCGGGUCCGAGGACGGUGGAUAGGAACAGUGGGCCGGAGAGGGAGAGAGAGACCGAAAGGGAUAGAUGCCAGCCGCUUGUGGUGAAUGGGUCCGGUCUGGGAAGCAAGACGGCGCUGGCGAUUUGA